UAUGUUACUAGUUUGCAUAUAAUACCACACUGCAUUCUUCUAAAACCAACUUCAACUAAAUUUUCAAACAUAGAUUUAAUAGUGCAAUGAAGUUCAUUUCCACAAUCAACGACACAUGGAAACUUUGCGCAUUAGGUAGCCUAUUUGCCUGGUUAAUCCUCCUCCUUUCUACUAAACAAAAUAACCAAAAUGCAAGUUUUUUGUCUGCUGUUCAAUUUUCUCCAUUUGGAGUAUCAGCACCACCUACCCUAAGUAUGAUAAAUGAAACCGAAAAUGCUUCAAAUUUAACCUCCAGUUCUACAAAGAAAGCCGAAGUCACUCCAAAGAAAAACUUAGAGAAACCAUUGAAUAUGAAUAUUCAAAAGACGUGCGAUAUGUUUAAUGGAAGAUGGGUGUUUAAGCCACAGGAAAAUCCUCGAUAUAAUUCAAUAAGGUGUCCAUUCAUUGAGGAGAAAUUUAGCUGUCAAAAGAAUGGGAGGCCAGAUUCUGAUUACGAGAAGUGGGUGUGGGAAGCAAAAGACUGUGAUAUACCAUCGUUUAAUGGAACAAACAUGCUAGAAAAGCUAAGAAACAAGAGGGUGAUAGUAGUAGGGGACUCGCUAAAUAGAAACAUGUGGGAAUCUCUCUCUUGCCUUCUCUAUUCCUUUAUUUCAAGCUCCAGUGCUGAGGUUCAUGCUGAUGAUCCAGUGUAUAAGGUCUUCAAAGCAAAGGACUAUAACUUGAUUGUUGAGUUUUUUUGGAGCCCAUUUCUAGUCGAAUUCAAUGAGAAACAUGAAACAGGAAAAAGAGUUCUGGUGGUGGACAAGCUUUCACCUAACUACAAGCUGUGGCGAGGAGCAGAUAUUAUGGUGUUCAACUCAGGCCACUGGUGGACUCAUACAGGCAAAUUCAAAGCGUGGGAUUUAUUUCAAUACAAAGGGCAGUUAAUGGAGGAGAUGCCAAUGGAAUUAGCAUACGAAAGAGCUAUGAAAACAUGGGCAACAUGGAUAGAAAAAAGUGUGGACUCGAAGAGAACAAAACUGCUUUUCAGGAGCAUUUCAGCAGUGCACAAUAAGCAAUGGUGCUACAACUCGACCCAUCCCAUAGUGGCUGAAUCAUAUGAAGAUUCCUUGCCCAAAUCUUUGACCAGCAUUAUUGAGAAAAUAAUCAAUGACAAGAGCAAAUCUCAUGCAGUGACCUACUUAAAUAUCACUAAACUCAGCCAUUAUAGAAUUGAUGCACAUCCAUCAGCCUACAAAAGCAAGAAAUGGGAGAUAUACACAAAAAAAUAUAAGAACUCUCUCAUGUCUUAUGUCGAUUGUAGUCAUUGGUGUCUUCCUGGAUUGCCAGAUACUUGGAAUAGGUUACUUUAUGCUUCUUUGUUUGAUAGUUUUGGAAAUAUGAUUUUUUCUUAGGUUUUUACUAGGAUAUAACAGAUAAGCAACGUAAAUAGUUUGGGCAGCCAACCACCUUAUCUGAAAUCUGGUAGAGAGAAUGCUCAACAAGAUUGAUAAGCGGAGACUUAACCAUCACUGCCUUGAACCAUACAUAAUGUUGAAAUGUGAUUCAACAUUCAGCACGUAUGAAGUACUGUCAAGUAGUCAAUUGUUAGUUGCUAUUGUUUAGAAGCAUUAUGUUAGUAGUUAGUUUGAAUUCCCUAAAUGUUAACCACUCACAUAAGUAGUGGAAUUUGUUGCUUUGGUCUCGUUUUAUUUUACUUAUAUAUACAUUGUAAGCUGAGUUCAUUAAGAUAUUAUCGGAUUGCAGUUUUCCUA